AGCAAAACAUAACAAAGAAUCAGUCAGUCACAAAUACUGUUUGUGGACAGACGUUUACGGUACUCGCUACAAAGAUAUACUUUAUUAUAACAACAAUAAUUGACUGUUCGUAUUGAUAAACUUUUCAAACACUAAGGAAAACUUUACUGUUUUAAAUUUAAAUUUCUGGAAGAAAAAUUUUGAUUCCUACCAUGUUCUCUACAAGGAAGAGUGCAGAAAAAAUUCUACAAUUUUACAAGAACGAGUUGCGUCGGCAAAUCAGCAAGACAACUAGUGUCACCAACUCCGAUUCCAUGGCGCCUCGGCUGGACCAGCAAAACAUCAAGACACAAAAUGAAGAAACGGGACCGAAGAGGUUGCUGAAGUUGCAGAAAUAUCACAGAUUCCUGUCGACCCUCACUCCUCAGCAAAUGCCACUAGCUGCCCGUGGACUGGCCGUCUCCAAAGACCAGUCCCGGGAGUUCAUGGCUUGCUUCCCGGACAUCGUGAGGGACCUCACUGAAACUGGCAAGCAUAUUGACGUGCCGGAAGCCAGCAAGUGGUUGGCCAAGCUGUUGCAGUACAAUGUCCCAAAUGGAAAGAAAAAUCGCGGCCUCGCGACUGUACUCGCUUACAAAAUGCUUGAAUCACAAGAAAACUUGACACCAGAAAACAUUCAUUUAGCUAAUAUAAUGGGAUGGUGCACUGAAAUGUUUCAUACAUACCAACUCAUACUUAACGAUAUAAUGGAGGGUUCGGAAAUGCGUCGCGGCGUGCCUUGCUGGUACCGACAGCCCAACGUCGGCCUCGGCGGCGUCAAUGAUGCGAGUAUGAUGCACUCUGCGAUGUAUUCAACCCUUAAACGUUACUUUUCGAACAAGCCCUACUACAAGAACGUUAUGGAGAUGUUCAAUGAGAUGCUGUUGAAAUGCGCAAUCGGACAACACUUGACUAGACUCAUGACGAAAACGGACAAACCAGACUUGUCACAGUUCACAAUGGAGAAGUAUGAAGCGAUCACGAAGUACAGGACAUCGUACUAUACAUUCCAAAUGCCAGUCGGUCUCGCUCUCCUCAUGACCGGAGUGGACGACCCCGAGACACACAGACAAGCAAAGACCAUUUUAUUGGAAAUGGGAGAAUUUUUCCAAAUUCAAGACGACUUCCUCGACUGCUUUGGAGAUCCAGCAGUAAUUGGCAAAAACGGAACAGACAUUCAAGAAGGAAAGUGUACUUGGUUGGCAGUUGUCGCGCUCCAGAGGGCGACCCCAGCGCAACGCCAGCUCAUGGAGGACCACUAUGGAAGCUCAAAACCUGAAGACGUUCAAAAAAUCAAAGACCUAUACGAAGAGCUUCAGUUACCCCACACGUACUCGGUCUACGAAGAAGCUACUUACGAUCUCCUUAGAACACAAAUACAGCAAGUCACGAGAGGACUCCCGCAUGACUUAUUUUUCAAAAUUCUCGACAACAUCUUUAGGCGAAGUAUUUAAAUAAUAUUUAAAAGUGAUACUAUUACUAACAUAGGAUUAUAUUUGAAUUUAGAAUUUCUAUGAUAAGAGUGUCGUAGAUUAUUCAUGGGAUUAGCUCUUUGAAAAAAUAUUGCUGAGAUUAAUAUUGUACUUCGAAUAUAAAGUUUUUGUAAAUUGGUGUAUACAUAUUUUAUGCCUGUAUAACUACUUCUUCUAAUGAAAGAGCAGCCCCAUCAGUAUUAUAAGGUCUGACAAAUUUUAUAUUACGUCUUCACUGAAUUUAUGUUAGUUGAUUUGCUUACAAAUUUAUUGAUCAUUAAUGGAAUGGGCUUUAUUUAUUUAUGAAAGUUGCAACAUAUAAUAAACAAUAUUUGAAUUUGCCGUAAAACACAAAACUCCAAAAAAAAACAGUAUAAGGCGUAUUUUUAAUUUAUAGUGGUAUAACUACUUUAUAAUGAUAUAUAUAUAUAAGUGAUAUGUGAUUAAAAACAAGAAAAAAAUGUGUAUUUAAUCAUCUUUACAUCCAUUUUAUUUUUAAUUAUAAAUAUUUAUAGCUUAACAUUUUCAAACAUCACUU